UUCUCCUCCUGGUUGGAGUGCGCGUGCGUCGUUACGUUCGACUUGGAGCUCGGACAAGCAAUUGAGGUACGUUAGCCUGGCAUCGCUAGCAUAGCUAGUGAUCGAUAUGAUGAAUGAUCACUGAUGAUCGGAGGUUUGAUGAGUAAUUUCAGUUGAAAAACAGCCGCUCCUCUGUCUGUACCAAACUCCAUUUAAACCCCCCGAAUUCUUUGUUCACAUGUGACCUGUGGAGAAACGCACCUGAACAGGUAAACACCAGGCUGAAAACAUUCUCCUCUCUUCAGCUUUCAUUCAAUCAGCGUAAAAAUCUGACCGCUCAGUGUUCGCCUUGUCCUGCCUGUACCUGGUGUUGCUCCGUUUAUGGUGGAGCUGGUUUAUCCUCAAGAUGUGAAGCUGACAGAGAAAGAGAAAACCAGUAUCUGCUACCUGUCCUUCCCCGACUCGUACUCAGGGUGCCUUGGGGACACUCAGUUUAGCUUCCGCUUCCGUCAGUCUGUCGGUCGCCGAACAUCAAGGCUCAGAGACGACCUUUACAACCGUGACGCUCCCGUCACACUGCAGAGAGAAACGGCGCAUUUCUUCGGUUACGUCUACUUCAGACAAGUGAAGGACGUCUCUGUGAAAAGGGGCUACUUCCAGAAGUCCCUGGUGCUGGUGUCAAGGUUGCCAUACACUCACCUGUUCCACUCGCUGAUGCAGACCAUUGCACCUGAGUUCUUUGAGAAGCAUGAGCCCUGCCUUGAAGCAGUUUGUAACGAGAUCGACCAAUGGCCUUCACCUGUACCUGGGCAGACCCUCAACCUGCCCGUAAUGGGCGUUAUCUUACAGGUGAGGAUUCCUUCUAAAUUCGACAAACCUGGGGGAAGUCCGGUGCGACAGACGGCUAAAGAGAACCUGCUGCCGGUGCCGACCCUCCUGCCCACCAUCCACGAGCUGGACCUGUUUAAGUGUUUCCAGUCCAUUCUAAUCCACCUGCAGAUGCUCUGGGAACUUACCUUGCUCGGGGAGCCGCUUGUCGUUAUGGCUCCAUCUCCCACCGUUUCUUCGGAAACAGUCCUGGCUCUCAUCAGCUCCAUCAGCCCUCUGAAGUUCUGCUGCGACUUCCGACCCUAUUUCACCAUCCAUGACAGCGAGUUCAGGGAGUACACCACCAGGACGCAGGCGCCACCAAGCGUCGUGCUGGGCGUCACCAACCCGUUCUUCAUCAAGACGUUUCAGAGCUGGCCUCACAUCGUCCGGCUGGGAGAGGUCAAGAUGGCAGGUGAUUUACCGAAGCAGGUGAAGGUGAAGAAACUUUCUAAGCUGAAAACGCUUGACACCAAACCAGGAAUCUACACGGCUUACAAGACGUUUCUGCACAAGGACAAGAUCCUGAUCAAGAGGCUGCUGAAGGGGAUCCAAAGGAAGCGGCCGUCGGAGGUGCAGAGCGCCAUCCUGAGGCGACACCUGUUGGAGCUCACGCAGAGUUUCAUUAUCCCCCUGGAACGCUACAUGGCGAGUCUGAUGCCCCUGCAGAGAUCCGUUACACCCUGGAAGACUCCGCCUCAGAUCCGCCCCUUCAGUCAGGACGAGUUCCUGUCCACAUUGGACCAUGCGGGCCCGCAGCUCACCUCUCUGCUUAGAGGUGAUUGGAUAGGACUGUACAGGAAGUUCUUCAGGUCUCCAAACUUUGACGGCUGGUACCGUCACCGCCACCGAGAGAUGACACAGAAGCUAGAGAGUCUCCACCUGGAGGUCAUCUGCGAUGCGGACCUGCUGGGAUGGACCAAAGACAAGUCUGAGGUGGAGGUUGUGGAUCUGAUUCUGAAGCUCAGAGAGAAGCUGGUUAAAGCUCGGCGUCAGCAGCUGCAGCUCAGAGACGGUGUGAUGGACAAACUCGACUCUUUCAUCUCCUCCAUCAUCAGCUCGCUGCCUGCCGACCUGCAGAUUGUGCUCGGCACAGGCGCGUCACCGUGACGACAGCUAACCCCACAGCCAGGACGCACGCUUGUGUUCAUCAGCAUCUUCACACUCCACAGAAAAACCAACAUCGGCUCAAAUCUUCAGUUUUUGGAAUAUUUAAAUUUUAUUUAAACUUUAUUACCUGUCUCCAUCGAGCUGCUGCUCUGUUUUGGUUUCUCUGACGGUGGAAUCAGGCUGUUCGUGUUUCACAGAAGUCGUAUUUUUCUAUCAUCUCCACAAACGGAAUGUAACACUAAGAAUGAAGCUCCACUUUCUGUUUGUUUGUAAACCUUUAUUUUGAAAUUAAAGUCUGAGCACUUCCUGUCCUCUGACUUUUAUUCAUGUUUGUUUUAUUUUAAUGUCCUCCAGGAUUCAGACUGAACAGAAAGGCUUUAAGUUUCCUCUCAUGUCAUGGUGAAAUGUAACUUCUUGUGGUCUGACGGCGUCAUCAUAAGCCUUUGAUCUUCAUGCUGCUGCUCUUUAAUGCUUCAGUUUCAGACCUCGAGAAGGAAACCUCCUGAUUCUUUCUCUUU